CUGCAUUCCGCACGAGCCGCGGGCGCCCUCUUUGGAGGCGGGAGGGGCAGACGCAGGAGGCGCGGGCCCGGCGGAAGCCAUGUUUGUGGCGCGCAGCAUCGCGGCGGACCACAAAGAUCUCAUCCAUGAUGUCUCGUUCGAUUUCCACGGGCGGCGGAUGGCGACCUGUUCCAGCGACCAGAGCGUCAAGGUCUGGGAUAAAAGUGAAAGUGGAGAUUGGCAUUGUACUGCUAGCUGGAAGACACAUAGUGGAUCUGUGUGGCGUGUGACAUGGGCCCAUCCUGAAUUUGGACAAGUUUUGGCUUCCUGUUCCUUUGACCGAACAGCUGCUGUAUGGGAAGAAAUAGUAGGAGAAUCAAAUGAUAAACUGCGAGGACAGAGUCACUGGGUUAAGAGGACAACUCUAGUGGAUAGCAGAACAUCUGUUACCGAUGUGAAAUUUGCUCCCAAGCAUAUGGGUCUUAUGUUAGCAACCUGUUCAGCAGAUGGUAUAGUAAGAAUAUAUGAGGCACCAGACGUCAUGAAUCUCAGCCAGUGGUCUCUGCAGCAUGAGAUCUCAUGUAAGCUAAGCUGUAGUUGUAUUUCUUGGAACCCUUCAAGCUCUCGUGCUCAUUCCCCCAUGAUAGCCGUAGGAAGUGAUGACAGUAGUCCAAAUGCAAUGGCCAAGGUUCAGAUUUUCGAAUAUAAUGAAAACACCAGGAAAUAUGCAAAAGCUGAAACCCUUAUGACAGUCACAGAUCCUGUCCAUGAUAUUGCAUUUGCUCCAAACUUGGGAAGAUCUUUCCAUAUUCUAGCUAUAGCAACCAAAGAUGUGAGAAUUUUUACAUUAAAGCCUGUGAGGAAAGAACUUACUUCCUCUGGUGGGCCGACAAAAUUUGAAAUCCAUAUAGUGGCUCAGUUUGAUAAUCAUAAUUCGCAGGUCUGGCGAGUGAGUUGGAAUAUAACAGGAACAGUGCUAGCAUCUUCAGGAGAUGAUGGCUGUGUACGACUGUGGAAAGCCAAUUAUAUGGACAAUUGGAAGUGUACUGGUAUUUUGAAAGGUAAUGGGAGCCCUGUCAAUGGGAGUUCGCAGCAGGGAAACUCAAAUCCUUCCCUAGGUUCAAAUAUCUCAAAUCUUCAAAAUUCAUUAAAUGGAUCUUCUGUUGGCAGUGAGAUGGAAGAUUUUCGAGGUAUAACUGAAGAGUCAUUUCCGAGUUUUCUAACUAAUUCAUUACUUGGUAAUAGCGGGACUUUGGAAAAUGUCACUCUUUCUUCAAAUCUUGGCUUGCCUGUUGCUGUUUCCACACUUGCUAGAAAUAAAUCCAGCACGGAUAACAGGUAUUCUGAGAACCAGGCAUCUUAUUUAGUAGAAGGGAUAUUUUCCAUUCCAUCUGAGUCAUCUCCCAGUAGCCAGAGUGAAGCUGAACCAAGAGAGAAGUUACAGCUUAGCUUCCAGGAUGAUGAUUCUGUAUCUAAGAAAAAGAGCUAUAUGGAAAGUCAACAUUUGUCAGAUGCUGUCCUCAAAGAGUCAGCUUUUCAAAGAGAUACAGCAAGAACAGAAGAGGAGCAAACUAAAACUGCAAAAUCCUUUCCGAGCCAAGAUCUUUUUGGUCAGAUUUCACCACUGGAACAAGUGCAAGACUCACCUGUUGAUUUUUGUUUACGAUCAUGGAUGAAUAAUAAGGAUAACAAGAUUGUUGUUCCUGAUGCUGGAAAACGUUUUGAAGAUAAGAAUCCAAGCAAUGAAUUAAGCCAUACUAGUUUAAUAGAAAAUGAGAAACUUAUGUCACUGACAAGCUUGGAAGGUUCUUCUGAUGAUGAUAUUGAUGAUGAAGAGUUUUAUGAUGAUCAUUUGGAGGCUUAUUUUGAACAGCUGGCAAUUCCAGGAAUGAUAUAUGAAGACCUGGAGGGACAGGAACCUCCAGAAAAAGAUUUUAAGUUACCUACAAGUGAUCCUAGUCAGGCAAAUGAAAAUGGUAGCUUAAACUGUAAAUCCCAAUCAGAAAAUAAUAGCUCUCUGGUACCCCAUGGCUCACACUCUUGGGGAAAUUCUGAAACGACCCACAAAGAGUCAGAGGAAGGCCAUGUUGUUUGUCUCUCUGGGUCUGGUCAUUCUGCAGGUACUGGAGAUAGUAGAAGGGAUGUAGAUUUUUCCUCUAAUACUUGGAGAAUUGAAAAAGAGAAAGAAAGGGCAGAAAGUCUGAAGGGUAUUGUUCUGCAUCCUGGCAGAGAAAGCACAAGAGAAGUUCUGGUGAAGACUAUCAGCGCUACUAAUGCAAAACUUAACCCUGUUUAUUUUCAUGAUAUAAAUGCCAAUAAAGGUGAUUUUGACUCAAUGGACACUUUAAAGCUGGAGGCAGGGUCUCCUCAUCAAAAUAAGCCUUUGACAUCAGAUUCAGAAACAGUUUUGCCUGUGGAUAGAUGUUUAGACACUGAGACUCCCGAAGUGUCCAUUCAAGAAAAUGUGGACGUAGAAUCUUUGAAGCCUGUUAGUGACAAUGGAUUUAAUUCCACUGAUAUUCUUCGGCUACCAACUAGCGAAAGGCGAACACGUGAAUGUUACAACUCUAUUCCAAAGAGUAAAGAUGAAAUGGAUCUACCACAGAGUGUAGUCUAUCAAAAUGAAGAGGGCAGAUGGGUCACUGACCUUGCCUAUUAUACAUCUUUUAAUAAAGAACAAGAUUUAAACAUGUCUCUGACUGAUGAGAUGAAUGAAGACUUCAGAUCUGGUUCUGAUGCAUUGGAUUUGAUUGCACAAGAUGAAGAAGAAUUUAAUAAGGAGCAUCAAUUUAUGCAGGAAGAAAAUAUAGAUGCCCAGAACACUUCAGUUGCACUAGGGGAUACAUCCUGGGGAACUUCAAUUAAUUACAAUUUGUUGAGGAAAUCACUUAGCACAUCAGAUUUGGACAAAGAUGAUGCCAGUUAUUUACGUCUGUCUUUAGGAGAGUUCUUUGCUCAAAGAUCUGAAGCGCUUGGUUGCCUUGGUGGUGGUUACAAUGUGAAAAGACCAUCAUUUGGUUAUUUUAUUAGAUCACCAGAGAAGAGAGAACCUGUUGCUUUAAUAAGAAAAUCUGAUGUAUCAAGAAGUAAUUUGGAAAAAGAAAUGGCUUGUCUUAACCAUGAUCUGUUUUCAGGAGAUUUAAAGGCACAACUACUAAGUGAAGAAUCAAUUACACUUCAGGCUGAAGAACUGGAGAGUAUUUCACAAGUGGAUGAAAAUGAUGUGACAUUAACUGCCAAUGAAGGCAAAAUAGAGGACACUUUCUUCAUGAACAGCAAACCUCGAAGAUACAAAGGCAAGCUACUUGAUGAUGGUGAUUCUGUACUUAGGAUAAGCACCAUUGCUUCAGCCAUUGCAAACGCAUCAGUGAGUACUGAUCCUUCCCAGCUUGCUUCCAUGAUCAAGGCACUUGCAAAUAAAACCAGAGAGAAGACUUUUCAGGAAGAUGAUAAACAAAAGGACUAUUCCAUUGUGUCUCAUUUCUUACCUAAUGAUUUAGAAAAAAGUAAUGGAUCCAGCGCAUUUGAUGUGGAGAAAUACCUUAAAAAAACAGAAGUUAGUAGAUAUGAAGGUGGACAGGAAAACUUUUCAAGAGCUGAUGUGUCUGAUAUUUGCGAUUUAUCUUUGCCAAAAGAAUGGACUACACAAGACAUCCAUACAGUGAACUUAGGUACUAUUAAUAUAAGUGUAGGGGAACCAGAAGAAAAUACAGCAGCUAUUUUUUCUGGUGAAAAUGGAGAAAGUGAGAACCAGAAAUCAUUUAGAACAAUAAACUCUUCAAAUUCGAUUCUUACAAAUCUGAGAGAGAGGGACAGCACAAUAGUUGAUGUGAAGACAUAUUCCAUUGACAACAAAUUACCAGAUGUUUGUAACAGUGAAAAAGCUACCUCGGCGUGCACUCCAACAUCUAGUAGUUAUUCAUUAGUAAGGAACCCCAGAAUAGCAUCCCUUUGGCUGUCAGAAGAGUGUGAAGAAAUAGAAAGUAAUAGAGAAAAUCAGAGGCAAAAUGAGUAUGUUAGUGAAACAAGCAACAGUGAAAAGCAUGUAACUUUUGAAAAACAUUUCAUAAUCUCACCUAAAAAUAUUGAUUUGAAAAAUCCCUCUCCUGAGCAUGGUGGACAUGGCUCAGAGGAUGACCAGGAUAGCUUCAGACCUUCGACUUCUCCACUGAGUCAUUCUUCUCCUAGUGAAAUUUCUGGAACAAGUUUAUCAGGGUGUGCUUUGGAGUCUUUUGGUUCAGCAGCUCAUCAUCAGAAGCCCCCCUGUGAGAGUGAGUUGUCUCAGUUGAUGUGUCCACAGGCUGGUGUGAGCAGGCUGACUUACGUGUCUGAACAAGAGAGUGCUUGUCCCACCACGGCCUCAGAUCAUGGCCUUGAGGACCACAAGAGUGAUAUCACCAGUGAGUUGAGCACCACAAUUAUUCAAACCAGUCCAAUUCUAUCAGAGGAACAGACUGUGGAAAAGUUGAGAGAAAAAGGUCCAUUUCAAAGUAGAAAAAAAAGAGCAUUAUCAUAUGUUAUCCAGAAAAACUCGGACACAGAGCAAGUGACUGAAACUACUUCUCUGAGUAGCAAACCUGAAAAUGUAAAACCUAACUUUAGACUGAGUAAAGAUCUUUCCUUCAAAAGUGGAGAUCUAUCGGAAACCAAUGUGGUAGGUUUGACCUCAAACCCCAGUGAACUGGACCAGAUCAGCAUGACUCUACUGAGCAAGUCAGGUCUCAGCCACCCAGCUGUGUCGGUGAUGCCACGCCUCCCUGCCUCAUGCCAGGCAUCUGUGAACGAAGGGGAAAGAGGAACUUCUGAAGAUAUAUCAACUGCCGACGGUGCAUUAAGUGGCCAAGUUCCUCAUCACAUGGCCUCUGGAAACCAGUGUGCUCCUAUUCCCAGCAUAGUGGCUUGUGGUUCUGUUCCUGAGAUGCAGAAUGUGCCCACUGCGGUUCCUACACUCUUGACUCGACAUUCUUUUAUCACAGCUCCCUUUGCCCAGCAGUAUUUGGGAACACUACCUUCAGCUGGAAAUGUUGCUUUGCCUCAGUGCCAUGCUGGCAAUGCCACAGUCUGUGGAUUCUCAGGAAAUUAUCCUUAUCCUGCUGUCGCAGGAGAGCAUGUUCAGAACUCUGUGGCUGUGGGCAUUUGUCUAGGACAAAAUAUUGGCCCUGGGUUGAUGGGUACCUCUUCUCUUUGUAACCCAUAUUCUAAUUCCUUAAAUCAGAAUCUUCUAACUACAGCAAAACCUUUUCCUGUGCAAUCUGUUGGUGCAAAUCGUGGAACUGAACCAUGGGAUUCAGGAGUGAUGUUAGGAUUUGGGAAUGUAAGAGUACCUGAGGAACUGAAGUUUCCUCAUGCUUGCUGUGUCGGCAUUGCUUCACAAACCCACCUUAGUGUACUUAAUCCAACUGGCCGCUGGCUGCAGGUCAGCAUUGGGGUGCUCAGUGUUAGUGUUAAUGGUGACAAGGUGGAUCUUUCAGCAUAUCCUUGUUUAGUUUUCAAGAAUAAAGUCAUCAUAAGACCUCAUGCCACAGAAGAGAUAAAAGUACUUUUCAUACCAUCCAAUCCUGGGAUUUUCAGAUGUACGUUCAGUGUUGCUUCUUGGCCAUUUUCAGCAGAUGCUGAGACAAUAGUACAGGCAGAAGCCUUGGCAAGCAGAGUCAUUCUCACCGCUAUUGCUGAGACCCCUGUGAUUGAGGUAGAAACAGAAAAGAAAGAUGUUCUUGAUUUUGGUGACUUGACUUAUGGAGGCUGGAAAGCUCUCCCAUUAAAAUUGAUAAACAAGACACGUGCCACCGUGCCUAUCAGACUUAUUAUUAAUGCAAAUGCCAUAGCCUGGCGCUGCUUCAUGUUUUCCAAGGAACCUGUCCAUGCUUCUGUAAAAGCUGCUCCUUAUGCUGACGUGAUUGCUCAGCUGGCAGCUCCCUCUGUGAUCAAUCACAUGAUGCCUGCCAGUUACGACGGACAGGAUCCAGAAUUUCUGAUAAUUUGGGUUCUUUUCCAUAGUCCAAAGAAACGGAUCACUUCUUCAGAGAUUCUAGACUCAGCAGAAGAAUUCUUGGCAAGAGUUGAUAUAGAAGUUGAUAGCCCAAACCCUACACCAGUCAUUAAAAGUAUUUGUCUUCGAGCAAGAACGGGAAUAGCUAGGAUACAUGCUCCGAAAGACUUACAGACUAUGCACUUGUUUGCUAGUGUGGCUUCCUCAACAAAGCAGCACUUACCUUUGAAAAAUGCCGGAAAUAUUGAUGUUUACUUAGAUAUCAAGAUCCCAGAUCAAGGAAGUCACUUUUCCGUGGAUCCAGAGAAUCUCUUCCUUAAACCUGGAGAAGAACACGAAGUUAUAGUUUCAUUUACUCCAAAGGAUCCCAAAGCCUGUGAGGAAAGGAUCUUGAAAAUAUUUGUGCAGCCGUUUGGACCUCAAUAUGAAGUGGUGUUAAAAGGUGAAGUAAUUUCUUCAGGAAAUAAACUUGUGACACCUGGACCUUGCUGCUCAGAUAUUGCAUCGAUUUUAUCCAACAAGCAGUUUCUGGCUUGGGGAGGUGUCCCUCUUGGUAGAACACAGCUUCAGAAACUAGCUUUAAGAAAUGAUUCUACGUCUACAACCCAGCAUUUACGACUGCUUAUUAGAGGACAAGAUCAGGAUUGCUUUCAGCUUCAGCACACUUUUGGAUCAGAAGAGCGAUUGACCAGUAACUGUGAGAUCAGAAUUCGUCCAAAAGAAGACACAAACAUCUCUAUAUUAUUUGCACCUACUCGAUUGUCUUGUAUGUUGGCUAAACUAGAAAUUAAACAACUUGGAAUUAGAUCACAACCAGGCAUUAAGUUCACGAUACCUUUGUCUGGAUAUGGAGGAACAAGUAAUCUUAUUUUGGAAGAUGUUAAAAAAUUAUCUGACAGUUACAUGGUAACAGUGAAUGACUUAAUACCUGGCAAAGAAAGUAGAAUUGUUUUUUCUGUUCGUAACACUGGCUGUCGGGCAGCUUUUGUUAAAGCAAUAGGUUUUAAGGAUUGUCAGAAAAAAGUUUUGCUGGAUCCUAAAGUAUUAAGGAUUUUUCCAGAUAAAUUUGUGCUCAAGGAAAAAACACAAGAAGAUGUUACUAUAAUAUAUAAUCCAUCAGACAGAGAAAGCAAUUAUAAAACCGCAACAGAACUAUCAACUAUAUACUUCUUUAGUGGAGAUGAAAUUUCAAGACAGCAGUAUCGAAGAGCCCUGUUGCAUAAACCAGGGAUUAUAGAACAGAUACUUCCAGAACAUAGUGUGCUGCAGAACAUUGAUUUUGCUGAAGCAUUUCAAGAUGAGCUACUGGUAACUGAAGUGUACGAUCUUCCCCAACGGCCUAAUGAUGUUCAGCUCUUUUAUGGAAACAUGCGUAAAAUUAUACUUAGAGUAAUUGGAGAAUUCAGAGAUUCCAUUUCCAGCAGAGAAUUUCUUCAGCCUCCUUUCAAAGCUAACUUAGAAUCUACAAGUGAAUCUGAUAGUUCUGGGAAACAUGGUGGCAAUGUUUCUUUGGAUAUUUUACCAGUUAAAGGUCCUCAGGGUUCUCCACUUCUUUCACAAGCUGUUCGCCCACCUCAAGAUAAAUCAUCCUCUGAAGAAAUGUGGACCGUCCAACCUGAACACUUGAUUUUGGUAGCCCCUUCUCCUUGCGAUCUGGCAAAAACUGGACGUUUCCAGAUUUUAAAUAAUUCUGUUAGGUUACUGAAAUUUGAACUGUACUGGCCGGCACAUUGUCUUACGGUAACACCACAACAUGGAUUUAUUGCGCCAGAGAGUAAGCUACAAAUUCUUGUGAGUCCUAAUUCCUCCUUAUCCACAAAACAGUCAAUGUUCCCAUGGAGUGGUUUGAUCUAUAUACACUGUGACAAUGGACAGAAGAAGAUUGUGAAAGUUCAAAUUCAAGAGGACUUGACCCAAGAGGAACUUCUCACUCGUUUGGCCUCCGGCCCAUUUGGAAUCCUUUCCCCAGUGACUGAGCCGUCAGUCAGUCAUCUGGUAAAACCAAUGACAAAACCACCUUCCACAAAAGUUGAGAUAAGAAACAAGACUGUUACUUUUCCUACAACAGAACCUGGUGAAACUUCAGAAAGUUAUCUGGAACUUGAGAAUCAUGGUAACACAGAAGUGAAGUGGCAUCUGUCAUCUUUAGCUCCACCUUAUGUCAAGGGAGUCGAUGAAAGUGGAGAUGUUUUUAGAGCUACCUAUGCAGCAUUCAGAUGUUCUCCUAUUUCUGGUAUACUGGAAAGCCACGGAAUCCAAAAGGUCUCCAUCAUGUUUUUGCCCAGAGAUAGAGGGGAUUAUGCCCAGUUUUGGGAUGUUGAGUGUCACUCCCUUAAAGAGCCUCACAUGAAACACACCUUGAGAUUUCAACUCUCUGGACAAAGUGUCAAAGCAGAAAAUGAACCAGAAAAUUCAUCUGUUUCCACAAAUACGCUCAUUAAAAUAGAUAAUUUAGUUAAGCCUCGAAGACAAGCUGUAUCAGAGGCUUCUGCUCUCAUACCUGGCAGGCACCUUGACUUGACCCACCGUGGAGUUUAUGCCCCAGAAGAUGUGUAUCAGUUUUUGCCAACUAGAGUUGGGGAAUCAAGGACGUUAAAAGUCAAUUUGCGAAAUAAUUCUUUUAUUACACACUUGCUGAAGUUUUUAAGUCCCAGGGAGCCUUUCUACGUCAAACAUUCAAAAUAUUCUUUGAGAGCCCAGCAUUACAUCAACAUGCCUGUGCAGUUCAGACCAAAGUUGGUGGGCAAAUUUGAAGCUUUGCUCGUUAUUCAAACAGACGAGGGCAAGAGUGUCGCUAUUCGACUAAUUGGUGAAGCUCUUGAAAAAAAUUAACUAGAAUACAUUUUUUGUAAAGUAAAUUACAUAAGUUAUAUUUUGGUAACUUCAUUUUUCUACACUACAGUUAUGCUUUUGUAUAUAUUUUGUAUGAAAAGUUGGUAUGUAUAACUAUAGAUUUUUUUGUUUGGAGAUCCUAAUACUGAAGACCUGACUAAAAUAUCAUGUAUCUAGCCUACAGUAUUGUACUUAACUUUUACAGAGGAGAAGAGAGUUCUAUUUUUGCAUUGAUUAUGUUAUUCUAAUGGCAUAUAUUUUAAUAUGGUAUAUCCAGAAAUAAACUUAAUUUCCACUGAA